UGGACGCUUCGCGUACACAGCUCCGGUUCGCGCUUGAUGGAGGUGAACGUCCGAAUCACGUCCCAAGGCAGGGACCCCAAGGACGAACCCAUUCGGGUCACGUGCCGAAUGGAAAGCCCGGAAGUUCGGAAACCUGGUGAAGCGAUCAUCUACGCCGACGUGAGUAAAGGUGCGAACGUUGUCCUCGGCGCCACGGUCGUUGCUGAGGUCACCGGCCCGAACCCACCACACAAGUCUACGGUACCACUUCGUGACGACGGCCACGAUCCCGACAUCGAGGCCAAUGAUGGCACUUACAGCGGAUACUUCGUCCAGUUCACGGGCAAAGGGAGGUACACUGUAGUGGCUCACGUUUCGAGCGAUCACCGGGCUCGACUAAGCGUUCCGAAGAUUGUUUCUGGCAGCUUCUUCAGCAACCCUGUGUUUACAUUGGAAUCUGACACAUCGGGACGAAACGCCGAGCCGCACUACGCAUACUCGAUCGACGACUUCGAAGUCGACGACUCGACCGAAGAAGAGGCAAACCAGACAUCGGCGGGUGCCGAGCCAGCAGGCGCAUUCCAGAGGGUGGCGCCUGGAGGGUCCUUCCGGGUGACCGAACACAUCGUGCAGAGUCAGGUGCCCCCAGGUGCCAUCGGCGAUCUCACCGUAGUUGAACUGCGCCCAGGAGCGAACGGCACGUUGCAGGGGCAACUCGUGUGGACGUGGCCCGGAGCUCACCUAACAUCGGGAAAUGCUUCUGCAGUGGAAAUUCGAGUUAGCGAAGACUACGCAAAGCUAGACUCGGACUUCGAGCAGCAGGAACAAAUUACGAUCGCUGACGUCGUCGAAGGCAGUCUCGACCCUCUACCUGCCGGCACCAAACACGUAGUCACUUUAGCGUUCUCCCCAAAAUGGGCCACACCUAGACCCGACGGGUCCUUCCAGUGGAAGGCAUUUCUGGCGGCUCGCGUGACAAACAGCGAUGGGCUGAAGUCCAAGACGUCAAAUUGCGUACAAGUGUUGUACGCGCCUCCUCCUGUAACGACCACAGUGGCCACCACCACAACGGAGGCGACCACAACGGAAGUAACCACAAAUGAAGUAACCACAAAUGAAGCAACCACAACCGAAGUAACCCCAACUGAAGUAACCCCAAUGGAAGCAGCCACUACGGAAAUUGGAACUACGACGGAAAGUGCUACCACGACGAACGUUGCCGAGGAUCGUACGCGGAAAUCACGCGGUUUACCGCCACCGUGGGUGUGGGCCUUGAUAGGCGGGGUCGCAGCAGUGACCGUGGUGGCCACCGUGCUGGGAGUGCGACUCCGAGGGAGCAUAAAGAGGCGCAGAAUGUGCGAUUUUGCGACCGGCCGACCAAGGACGGAUCAACGCGUGUGUGCCAGUGAUUCUGCUUUAACCGUGUUCUAGCGGCACAUCUUUUUUGUUGCAUCGCAAUGACGCAAAAGACGUGCCCGAUGUUGGACUGUGCCAUAACGUGAGAGUGCCUCACGCUUCGAGUGUGUGUAAUUCGAGUGAGUGCCCGCCUUGCGCCCCCCACCCCGCAAUCUAACUACAUGCAGGAUAAUGGAAUUCGUUGUGAAUGUAUCUGUCGGGCUAGUCUUGUAACCUUCGUACUGAAAUAAUUAACUCUGUUAUUAUUAUUAUUAUUAUUAUUAUUAUUAUUAUUAUUAUUAUUAUUAUUAUUAUUAUUAUUAUU